GCGUCCCCGCCCGCCGCGCGCCGGCGGAACUGUGGCUGGCCGCGCACAGGAAGUGGCGGCGCGGCGAGGGCGCAGGGCGGCGGGCGGGGCCGCGGCGGGGCCGGGGGCGGCGGGCGCCGCACUCGCUGAGGCCCGACGCAGGGCCGGCCGGGCCCAGGCCGAGAGCGCAGCGGCCAGCGCGGCCGCGGAGCGACGCCGGACCGCGACGAGCAGGCGGCGACGGCUGCAGGCCCUUCAGGUCAGACACCUCUGAGGAAGUCGUUGCCCGCGCCGCUGGCCUCGUGCCUGAGUGAGGACUGCUGUGCUCAGUGAAGGCCCCUGCGCCCGCCCCUGACAGCGACCAUGGGCCUGCUCGCCUACCUCAAGACCCAGUUCGUGGUGCACCUGCUCAUCGGGCUUGUCUUCGUGGUGAGCGGGCUGAUCAUCAACUUCACCCAGCUGUGCACGCUGGUGCUCUGGCCCCUCAACAAGCAGCUCUACCGCCGCCUGAACUGCCGCCUGGCCUACUCACUCUGGAGCCAACUGGUCAUGCUCCUGGAGUGGUGGUCCUGCACGGAGUGCACUCUGUUCACCGACCAGGCCACGGUGAACCACUUCGGGAAAGAGCACGUGGUCAUCAUCCUCAAUCACAACUUUGAGAUCGACUUCCUCUGCGGGUGGACCAUGUGUGAGCGCUUUGGCGUGCUGGGGAGCUCCAAAGUCCUCGCUAAGAAGGAGCUGCUGUACGUGCCCCUCAUUGGCUGGACGUGGUACUUUCUGGAGAUCGUGUUCUGCAAGAGGAAGUGGGAGGAAGACCGAGAUACUGUCAUCGAGGGGCUGAAUCGCUUGGCUGACUACCCGGAGUACAUGUGGUUCCUCCUGUACUGUGAAGGGACACGCUUUACGGAGACCAAGCACCGCAUCAGCAUGGAGGUGGCCGCCUCCAAAGGGCUGCCUCCCCUCAAGCACCACCUGCUGCCGCGGACUAAGGGCUUCACCACCGCGGUCCAGUGCCUACGGGGCACAGUUGCGGCCGUCUACGAUGUGACCCUGAACUUCAGAGGAAACAAGAACCCGUCUCUGCUGGGGAUCCUCUAUGGGAAGAAGUACGAGGCGGACAUGUGUGUAAGGAGGUUCCCCUUGGAGGAGAUUCCCCAGGAUGAGAAGGGAGCCGCGCGGUGGCUCCACAGGCUGUACCAGGAGAAGGACGCGCUGCAGGAGAUGUAUAAGCAGAAGGGCGUGUUCCCUGGGGAGCAGAUCAAGCCUGCCCGGCGGCUGUGGACCCUCCUGAACUUCCUGUGCUGGGCCACCAUCCUCCUCUCUCCUCUCUUCAGCUUUACCUUGGGCGUCUUCGCCAGUGGAUCCCCGCUCCUGAUCCUGACCUUCCUGGGGUUUGUGGGAGCAGCUUCCUUUGGAGUCCGCAGACUGAUAGGAGUGACUGAAAUAGAAAAAGGCUCCAGCUACGGAAACCAAGAAUUUAAGAAAAAGGAAUAAUUAAUGGCUGUGAUUGAACGCACAUAACCCGACGCGGUAUCCAAUUAACUCAAUUAAAAACAGAACAACACACACAGAGCGAGGGGAGAGAGACACUUAGAAACUAUUUUUCUUAUUAACUGGUGACUAAUAUUAACAAAUAAAACUUGAGCCAAGAGCAAA